AUUGAAGUGAUUGAAAUCAUGACUGAUCGAGGCAGUGGCAAAAAGAGAGGCUUUGCUUUCGUAACCUUUGAUGACCAUGACUCUGUAGACAAGAUUGUCAUUCAGAAAUACCACACUGUGAAUAGCCACAACUGUGAAGUAAGGAAAGCCCUAUCUAAGCAAGAGAUGGCUAGUGCCUCAUCCAGCCAAAGAGGUCGAAGUGGUUCUGGAAACUUUGGUGGUGGUCGUGGAGGUGGUUUUGGUGGGAAUGGCAGCUUUGGUCAUGGAGGAAACUUCAGUGGUCGAGGUGGCUUUGUUGGCAGCCCUGGUAGCGGUGGAUAUGGUGGCAAUGGGGAUGGCUAUAAUGGGUUUGGUAAUGACGGAAGCAAUUUUGGAGGUGGUGGAAGCUACAAUGAUUCUGGCAGUUACAACAAUCAAUCUUCAAAUUUUGGACCCAUGAAAGGAGGAAACUUUGGAGGCAGAAGUUCUGGCCCCUAUGGUGGUGGAGGCCAAUACUUUGCCAAACCCUGAAACCGAGGUGGCUGUGGUGGUUUCAGCAGCAGCAGUAGCUGUGGCAGUGGCAGAAGGUUUUGAUUACUGCCAGGAAACAAAGCUUAGCAGGAGAGGGGAGCCAGAGAAGUGACAGGGAAGCUACAGGUUACAACAGAUUUGUGAACUCAGCCAAGCACAGUGGUGGCAGGGCCUAGCUGCUACAAAGAAGACAUGUUUUAGACAAUACUCACGUGUAUGGGCAAAAAGACUCGAGGACUGUAUUUGUGACUAACUGUAUAACAGGUUAUUUUAGUUUCUGUUCUGUGGAAAGUGUAAAGCAUUCCAACAAAGGAUUUUAAUGUAGAUUUUUUUUUUUUGCACCCAUGCUGUUGAUUGCUAAAUGUAAUAGUCUGAUCAUGACACUGAAUAAAUGUGUCUUUUUUUAAAAUGUGCUGUGUAAAGUUAGUCUACUCUGAAGCCAUUUUGGUAAACUACCCCAACAGUGUGAAGUUAGUAUUCCUUCAGGGUGAUGCCAGGUUCCAUUCAAAAUUUAUUUACAGCCUGCUUUGGUGGAGAAGGUACUGUCUUCUGAAACCUUGGUGUAGUUGAACUGACAGUUACUGCAUUGUGACCUGGAGUUCACCGUGAAAAGGGUCACCCAAGCCAAGUCAUGGAGUUUUUUGGUUAUUAAUAUAUGAUUGGUGGCACAUCCUAUGCAAUAUAUCUAAAUUGGAUUACGGUACCAGAUAUAGAUGGGAAUGAAGCUUGUGUAU